CCCGGCAGGAGGCAAACCGAUCCCGUCCACGAGCAGAAACUAUUCCACCUUCCACCGUUGAACCAUCAAACCCAAAAGAAGUUCGAUUGACUCCAAACUAUUCCAAUCAGCUUGCCUUGCUCAAAAGUAAGGUGCCUUUGGCACUGAGAAGUGUGGCCAUGCAUUACGAGACGUUUACAGCCGGAGAUGGCUGCGAGCUUGCAUUCCAGACGUCCCUUCUCUUGGACUGGCCCGAUCUCGACUCCGACCAGGAGCGGUACGCAACCUGUAUCCUCCUCUUGCAUGGCUUCAGCGGUUCCUCAUGGUAUUUCACUCGCAACUUUGACGCCCUCUCCCAGAAACACUGGGUCGUCGCCCCCGACAUGCGCGGCCACGGCCGCUCGGGCCACAACUCCGCCAGGGGCGGAUACCACGUCGCGCGCCUCGCUACCGACUUGCGCGAGCUGCUCACCCAUCUUCGCCGUCGCACAGACCGCGCAUCCACGCGGUUCAUCCCCGUAGGCUGCUCCAUCGGUGCUGCGAUUCUCUGGACCCACAUUGAGCUCUUCGGGGAGUCUGAGUUUGCCGGCUUCGUCUUUGUCGACCAGGCCCCGCUGCAGGAUCGGUCCAUCUUCGGUGCCUGGGACGAGACCAGGGCUCAUCGCGGCUGCUACGAUGAGAAGAGCUUGCUGGCUGCCCAGGAAGGCUGGGUCAGCAGGCCCGAGGAAACCCACAGGGCGUUGGUUGCUGAGUGUCUCGGCUAUAGGUAUCAUCCGCUGAGGACGGAUGGGGUGUCUGAUGAGCAGGCUCGACAGGACGAGGAGUUCUUCACGGCGGUUAGCGCAAAGUGUAAUGGGGAGUGGUUGGCGAAACUGCUGGCUGACCAUACGAGAUACGAUCACCGCGAGGCGAUUGAGGGUAUCACACUGCCCACGCUGGUGAUGGCCGGCCGGAGGAGCGGGUGUUUCCCGCUAGCGGGCAUGGCCGAAAUUGUAGAGAGGAUUAGGAAAGGGCGCGGUGGGACGCUGGAUGGGAAAGUAGAGAUGUCGGUGUUUGACUCCGGUCACUGGCUAUUCUAUGAAGAGCCGGAGAGGUUUAAUCGGGAGGUGUUGGCAUUUGUAAAACGGUGUGCCUAUGCUGCAACGAUGCGAAGACAGUGAGAACCACGGCAAUUUAUAGCGCAGUGCGGUGUUGUCGUGACUGCCGUUGGGUCGGCGUUUCGUACCUUCGGCGUUACGUGACUCGGCGUUUUGCUGUCUUGGACCCC